ACUGUUCCAGGAACUGGUGUCCCACUUACUUAUCUACACCAAAGAUAUAAAAGUAACUCACUAUCUACCUAAUGUGAGCUUCUCUGCAUGAGAUCUUCCAGAGAGACCAGACCCUCAUCUUGGAUGCCUGGCUGACUCUGGACUCUGUGUCACAGGUCAUUUUUGAAGUGAGACUUUUCUGUCAUUGAUUGGCUCUACUCCUGGGAGUUGUUUGGUCUCCAGGAAGCACAGGCAGACAUCUCAAUGGCUACCGAGGACGACAAUGAAGUCCGUCUGUCUCACAAUCUCUCAGAAGGUGAGAUAAAAGCCACUCAGAAGAGAAGAGAAAAAGUACUGAUGUGUCUGAAAAACCUUGGGAUUCAUUGUGACCAGAAUAAUGUGCCUAAUAUCGUUGUUCUGGGAUCAGGCGGGGGCCUGCGUGCCAUGAUAGCCCUGCUAGGAACCUUGGUUGAGCUGAAGAAACAGAAUUUCUUGGAUGCUGUCAUGUAUCUGUGUGGGGUGUCAGGAUCCACUUGGUGCAUGUCCCUCCUGUAUGGAGAUGGGAAAUGGUCAGAAAACUUGAUGUACUUGGAAAAGGAACUGUGCAAAAACCUCAGUAAUUUCUCCUGGCAUAUCAUAAAGGCAAUAAAAUCCUUAGAGGAGUCAUCAAAAGAUGAACAUUACUCACUCACAGACUUCUGGGCCUCCUGUCUUGUAUACCAAAUACUGCAGCAGUUUGAUGAGAAUGAGCUGGCUGACCACAGGGAGGCCUCAGAGACUGGAAUAAACCCUUACCCGAUUUAUGCAGCAGUGGAUAAGGAAAAACUGAAUGAAGAAGGUGGAACCUUUCCAGGGACCUGGUUUGAAUUCACUCCACAUGAGGUUGGAUAUACUGCCUUGGGUGCUUUUGUGAGUACCAAACACUUUGGAAGUGAAUUUGAGAAGGGUAAGCUGAAGAAAAGGGGGAAGAAGAAACACAUUUGUUACAUGCAAGGCUUAUGGGGGAGUGCACUUGGAAGCAUAGAAGAAAUUCUAAAGUUUAUACGAGACAGUCUUGCCUUGUUCCCACAAAGAAGAGUUUACUCACAUGAAGGUAUGUUCUCAUACAGACUUGUGAGCAGUUUACGUAUCUUCACCGUUUAUGAGGCUGCUCUUCUUCUACUAGACCUUCAGUUGUGUGCUGUAAGUGGGAGCGAUCCUACAGAAGUCUUCAGGAAAUUGUUGAAUAUAUGGUCAGAAGACAAGGAAAAAAGUGCAUCCUACCAACUGUGCAUUGAAAUGCAUAAUACUUGGGCAAUGAAAAACAAGGAGGAAAGAAUGGAAAGCUGUGCUGAACUGGCCAAAGAGAUAGAAAAGGAAUUUGGAGCGUUUCUUGGAGAAGAAGGUACUCUAGAAGGAGUGUUACUACCAUACCGUGAAAUCCUCCUAGGCUCAGUGCGGGAUGUCAGUAAGAUGGUGUUGAAAACAAUCCGAUGUGCAUUGACCUGGAAAUGGGGAACGACAAAUAACUUCCUUUACAACUGCCCUAACUUUCAGUCCUCUUACCUGGUCAAAACCAAACUCAUCUCUUUGAUUGAUGCUGGCCUGGCAAUAAAUUCUGCCUAUCCUCUGGUCCUUCGAGCAGAGCGGCGAACAGAUCUGAUAAUUUCCUUUGAUUUCAGCUCUGGAGAUCCUUUUGAGACUAUCAAGAAAACAGCUACAUACUGCCAGAAAAAUGGUAUCACAUUUCCCAAGAUAGAGGAUCAGGAAAUGGAUGAGAAAAACCCUUCUGAAUGUUAUAUCUUCCGAGGAGACAAGUCAUGCCCUACAGUCAUGCACUUUCCACUCUUCAACAACAUGAAUUGUUCUGGUAACACAUACUCUAUGCAACUUCAUCUCUGUAUAUUUGCACUUCAUAUUCUCCACCCCCAGUGCCAUGCAUUUCAGACUUCUUCUUUACUCAGUGCUGCUGCCACGAAUGGACAGAGAAAAGGAACAGGGCAGCCUCUCUGUAUAAUGGAUAGAAGCUUGCAUGGGCAUUAA